UCCUCCAUUGUGGACCUGCUCUCAAUACUUAGAGUUCUCAAACAAACUGAAUUUGCAUGUCAACCUUCACCAAAGUUGAGCUCUGCGGAGCAAUGAUUUACUUUGCCUCUAAGAAUGCUAAUUACAGCAAUUCCAGUGAAACAAAUUUGUUUUGGCUGAAAAUGUCACACUACUGAUAUGAAACAGGAAGAACAAGGCUAGCAGUCAAGAAGGUGUCUGUCAAACAGUCUUCACACACACAUGCAAUCUUGAGAAAGAGCCAACAAUAAUUUCAACCUCCUGUGUGGGGGUGAGGGUGAUGUACAGUGCUGUUCAACAAAGCGUGACUGAAAACGUAACUGUCAUUAUUGUGUAUGUGGUUGACACCAAAGUGAACGUUAUUUUGAGUUAAAUAUGGAACACAGAUUUUUGAUAAGAAUAAAUCAUUUAUGUGCAAUUUUUAGAUAAUGGGCUGCAAGAAAUUUCCCCUGACCUUAUUUAACCUUUAAUAAAAAAUUCAAUUCUUCUAUCAGCUUCUAUACUAAUACUGCAUACUAUUAGGGACUCUAGACAGAACUUGAGGGUUUCAGAGUGAGUGUAGAGGAAACUGACAAGUAUUUCUAUGUGUAUGUUUAGACUUAUCUAGGUGAAUUUGUACUUCUGAGUGAUGCUACAGUUGUAUGUGUUGCACUGUGGGUAGACUGUGGUUGAACAAUAUUUUUCUCAUCUCUGACUGAUGAAAGGUGAGCUCAUUGUUUCCUCUCCCCACUGUGUGGCCACAGUGACUAUCCUCCAUGGUGACGGGUUUGAAGUGAGGUGUGAGAGAGAGGCGGAAGGGCUUGUAUUUUAUAAGAGUGGGGAUGACAACUUGAAUGAUCAGAAAGACUACUCAUCCAAGCAACAAGAUUAUUUUCUGUCAGUGUUUCAGAUUGUAAACAUUUGUGUUGAAAGAUUUUCACGCUCAGCCACCAAAGGUCAAAGCUAUUUUGUUAUUUUGAGGAUGAAAUUCUUCCUGGCGACUUUUCUCUGCUUCAUGACGUGGAUGAGCUCGGCCCAUGCAACCCAUGGACCUGUAACAAACUGCCUAUGUCCGAGAAUUUCCACCACCAGACCCCGCAUUCACCUAAUUAAGAAUUACACCAUUCAGCCUGAAGGCAUCUGUCACACAGCUGUAGUGUUUCUGAUGCAGACAGGGAAAAGUAUCUGCUCCGACCCUGAGAAAGACUGGGUAAAAAAAGCCAUGCUGAAGGUGGACCAGGAGACAAAAGCGCUGCUAGAGAUGGAAGAGACUGAACAGGGAUCAACAACUGACAUCACACCAUCCACUACGGCGCCCACUAUGGCGUCCACUACGGCGCCCAAUACAGCGUCCAAUACAGCGCCCAAUACAGUGUCCUGUGCAGCGCCCAAUAUGGCGUCCAGUACGGCGUCCAGUACGGUGUCCAAUACGGCGCCCAAUACGGCGCCCAAUACAGCGUCCAGUACAGUGUCUACUACAUCAAAAAAAGCACCAAGGAAGAGACGCAGGACAACAAGGAAACGGAUGAGGAAAGCGACCUGGAGAAGGAUGAAGGGGCAGAGAAAACGUGGUUGAGGAACUGCAAGACAAGUCCAACUUACCACUGUCAGCAAACAUUACUCUUUCCAUUUGGAAUUGUCUUAUAUACGCUAUAUCACAUUAACAGUAAACAAGCCUGAAGCAAAAAUAAACUUUUAUAGAUCAUUAUGAUGAUGAUUAAAUGCACAGUAUAUAUUUAAAUGUAUGAUGUCCAUACCAUGUUGUAUUAAUGUGUGUGUAUGUCAAAGUAUAUAUCUUGACCUUUCCUACUGUCAGCUGCCAAUAAAGUAAUCUCUGAGCAAAUAAUGUGCUGUUGUUAUUAAACCAAUGGAGCACAAUCUGAAUCAGAAUUGACCCACGUAUGGAAUCUGUCUCUCAAUGGGCAGGAAGUAAACCAACAAAAUACAGCUAACCGAGACAAGAAAUGGACAAAGAUGAACAUCAUAGAUACAGCGGUUACUGUAUGUACAACGAGUGGGUAUAAAUAUAGAAAAUGGUGGGACAAACCAACAUACAAAGAAAAUUGACACAGUUUUGUUCUGGUUAGUAGCCUUACUGUGCAAGGCGUGCUUGACAAUGCAAAGAAGGAUGCUCCUUGUCUGUGUACUGACCUGAUAGAUGCACAAGUCCUACAUCUGAGCAGGUCAACGCUGAAGGUCCAUUGAAAGCUGUUCUUCUUGUAUUAUUUUACAUUUUUGUCAUUUGCCAUUGGAAAAUGCAGCAUGCUGUUAUAAUUACUUGUUCUCAUUGCGCAUUUACUAAAUUGCCAGUAUGUUAUGCUGGCAAAUCACAUCAUCUUUCCAUUUACUGUGGUGUGCACAAAAUGUCAAAGAAAUCUUCCUGAAUGUGGCAGAGUGACUGGAAACCUAUAUAGAUAAUAAUCAAAAGUCAACCUUUAUUUUUGUUAUCAGUCAUUUGCUAAACACAUUCUGUUUGAAUGCAAUAAAGCAGCAUAUUCACAUCAUA